GGCGUCGCACCAGUAGGAAUGCGCCUGUUGACAGAAGGCAGGACGAAACUCUCCGUGCGGCGGGCUGAUCAGUGUAAGUGCUGCGUGCCGCCAUGGAUAAGACGGCCAUGGUGAAGGUGGGAGCCGUGGCCAGCGCCAGCGUCUGUGCUCUCUUCGGUGGCAUGGUUUUGGCUCAGUACAUAGUUGCCAAGAACAAGCGAGCGGGAAAGAAAACCCGGAUCAUAGAGAUGAUGCCUCAGUUCGAGAAGUCCACAGUCCACAUGAGGGACCCUGAGAGGGUGGAGCAGAUCAUCUGUGGCCUCAUCAAAGGAGGAGCUUCCAAACUACAGAUUAUCACAGACUUUGACAUGACGAUAAGCAAGUUCGCCGUCAACGGCAAACGCUAUCCCACAUGUCACAAUAUCAUUGAUAACUGCAAGCUGGUGACAGAUGAGUGUAGGCAGAAGCUGCUGCAGCUAAAGAAUAAAUAUUAUCCCAUUGAGAUUGACCCGCACCUCACCAUGGAGGAGAAAUACCCAUUCAUGGUGGAGUGGUAUUUCAAGUCCCACACACUACUGGUGGAGCAGAGGCUAGAAAGAGACAAACUGCCAGAGGUGGUGAGAGAGUCUGACGUUGCACUCAGGGAAGGCUUUGAGCAGUUCUUUGACCGGCUACAGCAGCACAAUGUGCCCGUCUUCAUCUUCUCCGCUGGCCUGGGAGAUGUCCUGGAGGAAAUCAUCCGGCAGGCCGGAGUGUAUCAUCCCAACAUCAAGGUCGUCUCCAACUUCAUGGACUUUGAUGACAAUGGUGUUCUGAGGGGAUUCAAAGGUGAUCUGAUCCACGUGUACAACAAACAUGAUGGCGCUCUGCGGAACACGGAGUACUUCAAACAGCUGAAAGAGUACUCUAACGUCAUCCUGAUGGGCGACUCGCUGGGGGACCUCAGCAUGGCCGACGGUGUAUCCAACAAGGAAAACACCCUCAAGAUUGGCUUCCUCAACGACAGGGUGGAAGAGCGAUUGGACAAAUAUCUGGACUCUUAUGACAUCGUCCUGGUGAAAGACGAGACUCUGGAAGUGCCCAACGCCAUCCUCCAGAAGGUUCUAUAACUCCACCAUCACGUUCCACCCCCCCAUUUAACGCCACCACUCGCUCUGGAUCCCCCACCCUCCAACAUCCCAACCAACCCUCCACACGCCUUUUUUAAAAGACAUUUUACAUCUCUCAAACAAACUGCUUUAAAAGUCCACACAGUAGCGUCAGCCUGUCUCCGGUGUUUUGUCCGUUUGAAUAAUUUCUGAUGUUCAGUUUAUAAAGGAAUAACCAAAAGUAAGAUUUAAACAAACUCACUUCAUUUUUAUAAUUUGCACAUUAUUGUUACCACUGUUAUUCAUAAGAUAAUUUUUGAUAUGGUAAUAUCUGUGCACCAUAAACCAGGCGCCCACAGACAGAACCAGUGUUUUUGCUGGUUCUGUUUCUGUCACCUCAUAUACUCUAAUUAUGUGACUGGGCUGUUUGACGUCCCCUGGUCAGACUAUAAACAUGACCGGUUGUUGUCAAACAUGUAUCUGCAGAAGAUAUGUUUGAGCUUAUGGAAGUAGCUCAGUACAGAAUGGGCCUUGUAAAAUGUAAAUUAUAGAAGAAAAAAUAAAAAUUUGUUGCUUGGUCACAGCAGCACUGUAAUGAACACAGACAGUAUUUGUGUAAGAAAGAAAAGGAUUCAGAUUGUAGCUCCGAUGAUCAGAGGAAAUGCACUUUAAAUUCUGUGUAUGAGAGAAUCCAAUCCCCUGUAUAUGCACACAUGUGGCAGUAGCAUUUGUGGAUGUAGGAACAGGUUCUUCCACAGAAAAGCCGUGUUUACUGAAGUUUUUUUUUUUAUGCGCCUGCCUUCUCUGCACAGCUGACUUAACAGUGAAGCGUUCUCCAUGCCAGUGAUCAAGGUUCAGAGGCUGUAAUGCAACACAGUUCACCUCUAGUGGUCAGAAGCUGGACAUAUAACAGGAAAAGCCUCUUAAACCAAAGACUGUAAUUCUACAGUCUAGUUUGAUUUCCUCACAUCAGUAAACAGCAAGAAACUCAGUCUGUGUCUCAAUCAGACGCAGCUUAAAAUGUAUUUCAUUUUAUCACCUUUUCAUUCUAUGGUCUAUUCAUUCUUAGCACUACCUCUAAAAUGGUCAUCUUUGUCUUUUUGUGAGGUCCAGAACUAAAUGUCACAGCGUGUCUCGACAUGUGUUGAAUGUUCUCUGACUGUGUUUUAAAUGUGCUGCUAUCACCUGCAUGUUGCCUUUUCUUGUUGUUAACUGUAUGUUUAAGACAUGGGAGAGAGUGAAACAGGGAGUAAUAUACUGCAUAUGUGAGCAUCAUAUGGAAAUGUGUAUUGUUUCUUGACAUUUGGGGAUAUAUGUAUUUCCAAAAUUGCAGUAUAAACCAGUGUGUUGUAUUUUUAUAAGCAGAUGGCUUUCUCUUUGAUGGUGUGAAUAGAAAAUGCAAUAAAAUGUCGAUUUGUGAGACCAUGGGUGGAUCACAGAUUGGGCAGGCAUCUGGACCAACAGCCCUCAAAGCUCUGAUGGUGUUUAAUUUGGCAGUGCAUAGUGUACAGUACUGUGAAAAGAGUUACCAACUGAAAUACAGUAUUCCCAUACUAUGAUUAUAUUGGACAUUUACUUACAAUACUGUCAAAUACUGAGUAGGACUGAUUGGUGGCAGUACUGAAUUUUCAGAAUAUAUGCAUCAAUGUGAAGAAGUACUUUGACUUGUCAGGUGUUUAAUUCGCUCAAUCAAUCAGGAACUUGACACAUUCCCAAAACAUAAUUUACAAGUUCCUACAUAACAUUUUAUACACUGUGAUAGAAAAUUUGAUCCAUAUCAUCUAAAACAGCAGGAAGAAUGACUUGCAUACAGACCUAGAAGAAAAAAAACUGCUGAGCUGAUGAUGCAUGCACUGUGUAUGUGAGGCUGAAGAUCUGCAGAGGACAGUUGCAGCUUUUAGUCAAUGUGUCUGUAGUACCACGGCUGCCCUGCAGAUGGCACCAACCGACAAGAAGAGGAACAUAUGAAAAAGUCUGGAAACAAUCACCAGAGACAGUACAAGACCAACGUGGCAAUCUUUUACCUUCACAUAGUACGGAAAAGACUUCUAGCAUGUGGCUCGUUGGUCUAGGGGUAUGAUUCUCGCUUAGGGUGCGAGAGGUCCCGGGUUCAAAUCCCGGACGAGCCCUACCUUUUCCCAGGUAAUUGAAAAA